AUGUUUACUUUUUCAAACGGAUUACCCGGGUUACACGGCUUGCGACAGCUUGGAAUAUGUACCGAUACUACCGAUAUUAUAGGCAUGUACGGUAACACUAAGGUAAUCUUGGCCGUGGUACCGGCGCCAUGGAUCUUUCCUUUUCAACGCAAAUUUGAGUUUCAUAUUGGAUUACUGUGUGAGACUUCCCUGCCGAAGGGCGAAAGUGAUAAACUCGAAGACGCUCGCCAUUCAAGAGCCUUACGAGGCAUCUCAAUAUCUUGGAGUCACAAUGGUCCAGCAAAUCGCAGUCUGGGACAUUAUGAAAAUAGCAUCAAGCCUUCGGAAAACUUUUGGAAAACUUUUGCUGAUAGCUUCUAUAGCUCGUCGCUCGGCGAGCGAGUGAUAGCGGCCCCUAACUACCUGGAUGAAUUUCGCCCAUUACCAAGAGUAUACAUGCUUGAAGAAGAUUCCAAAUAUUAUAGUUGA